AUCUUAUCCAUUUCCACUCCACCUGUGACAUCUUUGUUUCUUUGUUUCCAAAACAAUUCCUUCUCCAAUUUCCCUUGUUCUAUCCCUAUUCUUCUCCACUUCUAAUCCUUCAGUCCUUUCUCUUGGAAAGAAAUCUUUUCUCCAGAUGGUUUCUAAUUCUAAACUUUCUAAGCCAACAACUUCCAAGUCCCACCCGGCUCUGAUAUCCUCACUGCCACUUUGAUUUUACUCUUGAAGCAGAUGGCUCUUUACACCUCCCUCCCCCUUUCUAUUGUUUUCAAAUGAUCCCCAGCUGUUUGAGCGCUCCAACUUAAGAAACCACUUUUUUCAGAUAUCUAUUCCAAGCUUUCCUCUCCUUGAGCGCUACGUGUUUGAGAUAUUUCCUCAAUGGCGCCUCUUUUGUCAGCUCUGAUGCCUCAUCCUUGUGUUCUUCUUCAAAAGUUAAGCUGCUCCCCUUAUAUAGUAGACCGAAGGCUGCGGAAGUUUGUCCCAUUUGCAUCCGUUCAAGGUCGCCAGGAGCUCGCAGUAUCGACUGCUUCUGACCCCGGUUUUAUCCACCAAAUCCCUCCUGAUUUUACCCCAGAUGACCUGCUCGGCAUCCUCCGCCGCCAGAAGGAUGCUGAGUCUUCUCUCCGCCUGCUUAAUUGGGUGUCAAAGCAAGAGAAUUUCACACCUGCUCCCUCUAUUUACAAAGAGAUUCUUCAGCAGCUCGGAAAGGCCGGAUCAUUUGAUCAGAUGAAGGGCCUUUUGCAGGUGAUGCGGCUCUCUGGCUGUAAGAUUGAUGCAGGUAUUUUCCAGAUCUUCAUUGAAAGUUAUUCUGGAUUCCAGCUGUUCGAUGAGGCUGUUAAUGUGGUUCUCAAUCUGAUGGAAGAAUUUGGAGUCAAACCCAAUACAUAUAUUUGCAAUUUUGUGCUAAAUAUCCUUGUAGAGGAAAGCAAGAUUAAACUGAUUGAAUUGGUGUAUUCUACAAUGACUAGUCGAGGAAUCCAACCAGAUGUAUCUACUUUCAAUAUCUUGAUUAAGGCUUUGUGUAAAAUGCAUCAAAUUAGGCCCGCAAUUUUGAUGAUGGAGGAGAUGUCAAGCUAUGGUUUGGUGCCCGAUGAGAUAACAUUCACUACCCUGAUGCAGGGCUUCAUUGAAGAAGGGAAUAUGGAGGGUGCACUGAGAAUGAAGUCAAGAAUGUCGGAGAUGCGAUGCAUUCAGACCAAUGUAACGGUCAAUGUUCUGAUUCAUGGAUACUGCAAACAAGGAAGAGUAGAAGAAGCUCUUGGCUUGAUACAAGAAGAGGCCGUAAAGGGAUUUAGCCCUGAUAAGUUCACUUUUAACACUCUGGUUAGUGGGCUGUGCCGAGCUGGGCAUAUCAGGCAUGCACUUGAGAUAUUAGAUGUGAUGCUUCAGGAAGGUCAUGAUCCUGAUGUUGUGACUUACAAUACUCUGAUUUCUGGGUUGUGCAAAUUAGGAGAGAUUGAAGAAGCUACAUGUCUCCUGAAUCAGAUGGCCGAGAGUGGCUGCUUACCAAAUACGGUGACCUAUAAUACUCUUAUCAGUACCAUGUGUACAGAGAAACGACUUGACGAGGCUAUAGAACUUGCCCGUCAGCUCACUCUCAAAGGUCUUCUACCGGAUGUAUAUACUUUCAAUUCCUUAAUCAGUGGUCUCUGCAAGGCUGGAGAUUAUGAGUUAGCUUUGCGAAUGUUUGAGGAGAUGAAGAGCUGUGGUUGCUCGCCUGAUGAAUUUACUUACAACAUAUUGAUUGACCACCUUUGUCUCAAUGGGGAGCUACAGACAGCUCUGGGUUUGCUGAAAGAAAUGGAACUGAAUGGCUGUGCCCGAAGUGUUGUGACAUAUAAUACUCUAAUAGAUGGGCUGUGCAAGAACAUGCGAAUUGAAGAAGCAGAAGAGAUAUUUGACCAGAUGGAAUUGCAAGGGGUCUCAAGGAAUUUGGUGACUUACAAUACUCUUAUAGAUGGCUUGUGUAAGAGUAAUAGGGUUGAUGAAGCCACUGAACUUAUGGAUCAGAUGAUAAUGGAGGGAUUGAAACCUGACAAGCUCACAUACAAUUCCUUGCUCACUCAUUAUGGCAAGCAAGGAAACAUAAAGAAAGCUGCAGAUAUAGUUCAAAUGAUGACUUCAAAUGGCUGUGAACCUGAUAUUGUUACAUAUGGAACUCUCAUUGGUGGCCUGUGCAAGGCAGGUAGGACACAAGUUGCUUGUAAGCUCCUUAGAACCAUACAGAUGAAGGGGAUGGUCCCAACUCCGAAAGCUUAUAAUCCUGUGAUCCAAUCACUCUUUAAGCAGAGGAAGACUAGAGAAGCUAUAAGGCUCUUCAGGGAGAUGGAAGAGAAGGGAGAGCCUCCAGAUGCUGUCACACAUAAAUUUGUUUUCCGUGGUCUGUGUCUUGGAGGAGGACCAAUUGGAGAAGCUGUUGAUUUCCUGGUGGAGAUGACAGAGAAGGGAUUCUUGCCUGAAUUUUCCUCUUUUUCAAUGCUCGCUGAAGGUCUCUUAGCCUUAGCCAUGGAGGAUACGCUUAAUAGGGUAGUUGAAUUGGUAAUGGAGAGGGCUGAUUUUACGGAAAGUGAAAAUGCUAUGAUAAGGGGUUUUCUUAAGAUACGCAAAUUUCAUGAUGCACUGACCACCUUUGGCCAUCUAUUGAGAAGUAGAGUGCCUGAGAAAGUUUACCCUAAGAAAGGUCACAAGUGAUGCUAAAAUGUGGAGGAAGUUCUGCCCGAAGGGCUUGCAGCAAAAGGGGAGUCUCUGUUUUUUGCAAUGUUAGCCUUGAAUAUCAUGCACAGCAUCACCGUAUAUAAAGCCAGGUCUGCAUAGAAUUAGAUGGAAUAUGAUCAUACAUAAACGGAUGGAAAUCAUUCUGGCUGUCAAAGGUCAAGAGGAAUUGGUUAUCAUAUAACAAUAUGUGAGGAUAUCCUUCUGGAAUAUUUUCUUGCAGUCAAAGCCUGUCCAGUGAAGUAGUUUGAUUUCUAGAUGAAUGAGUUAUACUUACUGCAAAAGCGUGAAUAAUUUUUUUGCUUCUUUAUUGAGAUGCUUUAAUACAAUGAACUGCCGUGGGUGCUCCUGAUUGUAUGUUACUUUUGUAAAUUAUUCUGUCUGAAGAAACUGGAGAUCUUAUGUUUAACAUUGGCUUUUCUUCUCAAAUCUGAUUGCCUUUACUGAGCUUCUCU